CCCCGGGACGUCGGGUGGGUUAUACAUCAAGCGAUAGAAAAUCUGGAACCUGACUACAGUCUGGUCUUACACGAAAGGGACUUUGCAGUCGGCGCUCCCAUUGUGGAAAACAUCGCGGAUGCCGUGGAAAACAGCCGGAGAACCGUCUGCCUCAUCACCAGGAACUUCCUGAAGAGUAAGUGGUGCGAGUACGAGUUCCAGCUGGCCCAGUACCACAUGUUUGAGGAGGGGGGAGGGGUGCGUCUCAUCCUGGUGUUUCUGGAGGGGAUUCCUGACCGAAUGCUGAAACAGUUCCGCCAUCUGAACGCCGUAGUAAAGAGGGACACGUACCUGACUUGGCCUCACGACGUGCGGAAAAGACCGCUGUUCUGGAGGCGGCUGCGAGACGCUCUGGGAGAGCCUCUACCCCGGGACCCCGACCCUCAGCAGCAGGCACAAGCCCUGGAACGGAACAUUCCGGAACAGCUAGAACAGGCCCCAGUAAGGAACAUUGUGGAAGUUCAGGUCCAUGCACCCGUGCAGACCAUUCCGGAACUGCGCUAUGAAAUUCUAUUACCAGUUCCAGACGAACAGUGGUUUAGAGAUGGGGAUGACGUGCCCCUUCUACAGUAG